AUGGCGGGCGCCCGUUUUCCAGACACGACCUUUCUCGACCACCCUCCGCCCGAACACACCAAGACUUACGACCCCGCCGCAUCACUCCUCACUUCGAAGAUCGGCGGGACGGAGGUAUGGAACAUAGGCUUCAUGCUCAUCUUAAAAUGUCGACCAGGAUACCCCGGCUGCGAUAUCGAGCAUGACAACACCUCCAUGGCCCAUGGGCUCGUGGACGAUAAAGUAAAGCAGGAAGUAGGCAAGACUGUCGCUUCGUGGGAAGACGAUGAUGGUCGAUUUCUCAUCCUCCAAGAACGAGUUCGCGGCCAGCCAUUAAAUGACGUGAUAGAGUACCUCAGCGAAGAAGAUCUUGCGCGCAUAGGCUGGCAACUAGGUGAGUUUCUCUCCCACCUUAAGGGAUGUGUUUCGGAGGAUAUGAAGAUGGGUGAUGGGCGUCCCGUCAUCGACCGUCGACUCUUCAAGCCCUCCCCUCCCGGGGAGGAAGCUCCUGACUACACUCUAUGUUUCACCGAAGACGAGGUUCGGGAGAACCUAGCGCAGAGGCUCCGGGGCAGAAUGAACGAUAGGAUACUUAACGAGUUCAUGGCUAGGAUGCCGGCCACUAAGCCGUUCACCUUCAGCCAUUCGGAUAUACACGGGGCAAAUAUCAUGGUUGAGGACGGGCAAUUCACCGGUCUCAUCGAUUGGGAGCUUGCUGGAUUCUAUCCCGAGUGGUGGGAUUUCGUCAAUUGCUGUCAAACUAUAAGCGACUACCUCCCGAAGAAUAUCCAACGCGAAGCUGCUCUGCGUUGGUUUCACGUUUACGCCGCGAUUCGAGAUAAUGAGCACGAUGCUUUGGUCACGAGAAUGAACAGUGUUUGGACACCUCAGCGGUCAGUGGGCCUAGCCGCUUUUAGCAGCAAGAAUGGGUCGAUUUCAUUGACUGUGAUCCACUAA